GAUUAUUCCUUUACAUUUGCACACAGAGACGUCGAGUAACAGGAUACAAACCAGUUGACUACAAUAUUCGCUGUUCCGGCGUUCCAUUCAUUGUGUGUCAAGCGCGUGACUGCGGGACUUCACCACCAAACGGCAGCCCAUAACCAAGCACAAUGCGCACAAUGCUAGUCGCUGCCUUCGUGGUGCUGCUGGCUGUGACGUCGGGUGAAGCUGCCCGCGUCAAGCCUCAAUCCGCAUCGCUGGACGCCCCGGUCCGCGCGUCGCCUUUCACCUGCGUCAAACAGAAGACGGCUAUCGACUGUGACCUGCUCUCGGAUUGUGUCUGGUGCAUCAAGCCAGACUCCAAGCUCGGCACUGGUUGCUACCCGAUUUCCGCCGCCAAGCUGCUUCCCAAGAAGUGGGGCAUCGAGUGUGACAAGCCCCUGAACGGCUCUGAGGCUGUUGUGGUAGCAAAGGAGCAGCAGCAGACUGAGGUGGCGGUCCAGGGCACGUGUGACGGCAAGGCUGAGGCUACGUGCAUAGCUCCCUCCUGCGUCUGGUGCACCAGUGCCGCUGUGGGAGGCGGCUGCUACACGCCGGACGAGGCGAAGCUGCUUCCCAAGGCAAUCUUUAAGUGCAAAACCUCGCCAAGCACCAAGCUGCCCGGCGUUUAAAUGGGAUAGGCAGGAGGACAGCGCCACAGCCGCGGCCGAGGGUGCGUGUCACGCAAGUUGUCAUGCGGAUGUACACACGCGAGCCAGUACUCACAGCCACUGGUAGUCACGGCUUGAAAUUUUGACGUUGUUGAUGUUGUGUGCCUGACUUCACUUUGGGGAAUGGAAGGGCACCUUGACUGGGUGAGGCACCUCAAUGGCUUAUGCGGGCUGAUGUUGCGGACCACCUUGAGAGUUCCCGAGUCCGGGCUUCCGGCAUCGGAUUUCGGUCCUAGGGCGCCUACUCCCGCUGUCUCGCAUGUAAAUGGCUGAGUGCCUUGAAUGCUCUCUGUCUCAUGUAUGCACUUGGUGUGUAAGUGUAUACAGUACGCAUAUGAGCCGAAUGGCGGAGGGUGUACCCUCUGCUGCUAAGGCAAUAAUCAGGACCAACUGGUCAGUCAGUCAGGAACAUCAGCACGCAGCGUGUAAGUGAAGAACUAAAAUGCGUAUUGGAGAAGGCAAGAGCACGACGUCGGUUACUACUGCCUUUGACGGGAUAACAGCGCGACAGGCGUUGCGGCAAUGGAACGUCAAUGGGGGGGCUGUGCGCGUUCAGGGGUACACGGGGGACGUUCGGGACAGUCGUUGCGGCCCAAAGCUUAGGGCACGCAGCUGUUGAAGACGGCCAUUGCGGCCGGGGCAGGAGGGGACUGGCCCACAACUAGUCCGCAUCCGUCACCUGCUUGCUGUUUGCGUCCCUUGCCUCGUUGUUUGCGUUUGUUUGCGUCCCUUGCCGCACUUUGGAGGCUUCGGUUGUGUUUGCUGCUUGUGGCUUCCUCGUGUCGCACGGCAUGCACCGCACACGCCCAUGCCGACCGCAAUGCGACCGGGUUGAGCCACGCGCUGUUGUUACUUCCUCGGCCACCCGGCGCACUUGCUCAUUUAACCGCAUUCAUCA